UAGACAAAUCAAACUAAACCAGCAGCACCCAGUGGAGACCGGAGGGAUGGAGACGCAGAGAGAACGCCGUUCGCUGUCGGAAACCAAAUACGCUGAAAAAAAGAUUGACUGUUAAAUAAAAUACUCAUCUAUCGAUGGAGAAGGAAUUAAUUCACCCAAGGGGAACAGAGAUGCGAACCUCGUUGCCGUCGGGGCUGUGCAAGUCGUCUCUGCUCAACAAAGGGAAGGGCUGCUGUCAGUAACCAUGAGGGCUGUGUCGGCGAACUUACUUGCACUGCUCUUUCUCUGCACUUGUGCCUGUGUAUUCUACGUAUGGAGCAGGCUGGAGAGUCGGCUGGAGAGAGACAAACGGGGACUACAAUUAUCGAGCUCCUUUCAGGUUGGGCCAUCCCCGGACAUCUCCGCUAAAACUUUCCGGGCUUUGCUAGCUGUUCCAGCCGCACAGAGACUGCACUUGGGGGGCAGACUGGAUGUCCACAAUCUUACUGGUGUUAGGGAUCAAAUUGGCUCUUUAGGAAGCAGAGAUUACCAUAUGAAUGUAGAUAACAAGGGGUCAGCACAGAGGGGGGUCCCGGGCAAAUUAGGCUCUCUCCUUGAGGGUAUUUUCUGGAGUGAAAGACUUGAGGCUCAGCUUCCCGCCAGCUUCAGCGAGGAACAUGCCCUAGCAUGGAGAGAGAGAGCCCGGGGACACCGGAUAGUCAGACUGGAGCCAGGCUGUGGUAGAAUAUCCAAUCAGCUGGCUACUUUUUCGGACGGAACCAAAGCUUGCGUGCGUUAUGGAAUAAACGCGGAACAGGUGCAGGGGGAAACUCUGACUUAUUACCUGGCUAAUUUGCUAGGAAUUACAAAUCUACCGCCGCUUAUCCUUGCCCAGUUGAACGUUGACAGUGAACAAUGGGCUUCUGUUAGGAGAAGAAUAGGCGGUUUACAGUGGAGUGAGCGGGCCGUGGUCUCACUCACAGAGUGGGUCGCCAACCUGACCGGGGUAGUCACACCUGCGCCGCUGCGCCAGGAGAGCAAGGGGCUGCGUCCUCUGCAAGGGGAACUGGGGAACAAAACCACCGCGGAGCUGCUCGAGCUAAUGCAGUGGACCGACCUGAUAAUAUUGGACUACCUGUCUGCUAACUUCGACAGGCUCGUAAGCAACCUCUUUAGCCUGCAGUGGGACUCGCGCGUGAUGGAGAGGGAGACCAACAACCUGCUCAGAACGCCCCGCGGUGACCUGGUUUUCAUAGACAACGAGGCAGGGCUUGUACACGGAUACCGGGUGCUGGAUAUGUGGGAGAAGUACCACAGCACCGUCUUGGGCUCCGUGUCUGUGUUCAGAAAGAGGACAGCGCAGCGCGUGAUAGAACUGCACCGGCGCAGGGACACCAGGACUCGGCUGCUCGAGCUGUACAGAGACAGCGAACCUUUGUCUCCGGAAUUAGGUUUUCUCUCCUACGAACACGCAGGAGUAUUACAGAACCGAAUAGACAGAUUAUACAAACACAUAUCGCAUUGCAAGGAGGAGUACCACCAGCUGUGAGCAUUUAGUUCUGAUUCCUCUCAUAUAUAUGGUUCUGUGUCUCGCACCUGCCACACAGAAUGACGUGUGCUGCUAAUCAGUAACCUAGCCCAGUAACCACACACCUGUACUAGAUUAACGCGCGUCAAUUGAAACGGUUUUUGAAUAUAUUAAUGAACUACCUCGUGUAAACCAAUGUUUUGCCUACUUUAUAUGUCUGGAUAAAAUAUUGACGUUGUUUUUUUAGCUUCGUGCAGGAUAUGCCAUAAUUUAUUUUCACCCAGCCUCAAAACAUAACUGCAAUAUAAUAACGUGAUGAGAGCCAAUGCAUCUUUGUACCUAUUUAGGUUUAAUGGUCAGCCUUCAAUCUCUCCAGUUUGAUACACAAUUGUGUUCCUUAAUAGGAAUCAGCUAUUGUGGUGUCAGGGGGGUUAACAAUAACCACUUUGUAUCAUCUUUAUGGGCAAGGUGCAUUGUGCUUAAUAUUUUCAAUAAGAAACUGACUGCUUGAUCAUAAGAACCAAGCCUUAAUAGGUUAGUCCUAAAUAGUUUAGUAUUUGUUGACACAUGCAUUUGUGAUGUACAAUUUGUCACCUGUCACAUCCUUUUAUAGAAGCUCUAGCCUACUGUACAAUCAACUGUCAAAGCAAACACUCAUUUUCAUGUAUUUGGUUGUCUUAUGAUUGUAUCUAUAGCCUUAAUGUCAUGACCCAGUCAUAUUUGUUGUACAUGCUGUAAGUAUGUGAAUACUGUAUCUGUUAACCAGUUUUUGACAUUCACAAUUGUAAUCUACUUCACUAAUUCAAUGUGCAUUGUAACAUUCCAAUCUUUCUGUCUUUUUGUUAAAUAUAUUGUAAUUUAAGUUGUCAGA